AUGCAACGUCAGGAAAAACCAGAAUACAACGUCAGAAAAAAAAAGAAACGAAAAAGAAAGAAAUUGUUUGGCCUUUUUUCGUUAAAAUAUGAUAGCGAUCGAAGUAACGAGCUAGCUAUAGUCCUUUCCUUAAUUGGGUUAGCCGUUGGAAUUUAUACAGUAUCAGCGCUGUUGUAUAAAAUAUCGUCGAAAAAAUUGCCCUCACCAAGUGAAAUACCUUUGGACGAUAGUGUUUGUUGUGAACCAUUUGACACGGAAAAUCGAAUGAUGAAAAGUGUUAAUUAUGACGCUUUACCAGAUACUUGCUUGGGCUUAUUAGAUGAUGUUCCACUGUUAAUCAAGGACGAGUCUCCACGUUAUGCGAAGAUAACGACUAAGCGGUGA